CCCUAAUUUGUUAAUAUAUUAACUCAGGGAUAUAUAUUUCCCCCUGAGUACUGCUUUGUCUGCAUCCCAUAGAUUUUGAAAGGAUGUCUCAUCAUUGUCAUUUUCUUCAAUGAAAUUAUUAAUUGUUUCUAUGAUCUAUUCUUUAACUGAUUUUGGAGAAUUGUAUGAUUUAAUUUCCAAUUAAUUUUUAUUUGACUCUCCAUGUACCUGUACUAAUUAUUAUUUUCUUUGCAUUGUGAUCUGAGAAGGUUCCAUUUAUUAUUUCUGCUUUUUUGCACUUAUUUAAAAUGUUUUUAUGCCCUGAUAUAUGGUCAAUCUUUGUGAAUGUACCAUGUGCUGCUGAAAAGAAAGUGUAUUCCUUUUUGUCCCUAUAUAUUUUUCUCCACAUAUCUACUAACUAUUUUUUCCAAGAUGUCAUUCACUCCUCUUACCUCAUUGUUAUUCAUUUUUUGGAUUGAGUUAUCUAGUUCUCAUAAAGGAAAUUUCAUGUCUCCCACUAGUAUACUUUUUCUAUCUAUUUCAUCCCUGAGUUCCACUAGUUUCUCCUUUAGAAAUUUGGAUGCUAUGCCAUUUGGUGCUUGGUGAGUACUCAUAUUUCCUCAUUGUCUAUACUACCUUUUAUCAGGAUGUAAUUACCUUCCCUAUCUCUUUUCUCUAGAUCUAUUUUUACUUUGGCUUUGUCAGAUAUCAUGAUUACAACUCUUGCCUUCUUUUUAUCUGGUAAUGCCCAAUAGAUUUCGUUCUACCCUCUUACUUUUACCCUACAUGUGUCUAUCUUCCUCAUGUGUCUUUCUUGUAAACAGUAUAUAGUAUGGUUUUGGUUUCUAAUCUACUCUGCUAUUCUCUUGCAUUUUAUGGGUGAGUUCAUUCCAUUCACAUUCAGAGUUAUGAUUACCAGCUGUGUAUUUCCCAGCAUUUUGAUUUCCACUCCUAGACCUGCUCUUUCUUCUUUAACUAUUUCCUUCUAUAGCAGUGUUUUGUUUUUAAUUGGUCCCCCUAAUUCCCACCCUUAUUUUCCCUUUCUGCCUGACUCCCUUCUUAUUCUCCUAUUAUUUUCUUUACAUUGUGUUUAAACUACCCCCACCAUCUCCCUCCCUUUUAUUCCUUCCUUCCUCACCAAUCAGUUUGUUACCCUUCUACUUCCCCAUAGGGCACAUAUCAAUUCUCUGCCUGAAUGUAUUUGAUUGUUCUUUCUACUUUGAGUCAAUUUCAAAGCACGUAAGAGUUGAAUAUUUCCUAUCUCCAACUUCUUUAGCCUUCCAGUGUAUUGCUGUUCUUCUUCCCUCCUUCCACCAUGCACUUCUUUGUGAUAUAUAAAUUUACCCCAUUUUGUUUCUUUUCACAUUUCUCUUAAUAUUCUCUUUUUAACUCUCAUUGAAUAUAUAUGUAUACAUACAUACAUAUACAUAUUUAUGUCUUUGCAUCUCAUCCUAUACAGUUUGUCACUGUUCCCACUAAGUAUAAUUCUUCUGGUUUCCUAGGUGAUAAUAACAAUUUUUAAGAGUUUCCAAUAUCCUCUUUUCUUAUAGGGAUAUGUUUCAUUUUAAUUUAUUGCAUUGCUUAAGAAAAGUUUGGUUUUUGUUUUGUUUUGUUUUUGGUUUUCCCCCCUUUCUUAAUUACCUUUUGAUGAUUCUCUUGAGUACUCUGGGCAUCAAAUUUUAUAUUCAGGUCUGCUCUUUUCUUUAUAAAUGCUUGGAAUUCUUCUAGUUUAUUAAAUGACUACUCUUCCCCCUGUAAGAAUAUAGUCAGUUUUGCUGGGUAGUUGAUUCUUGGUUGUAGACCUAGUUCCCUUGCUUUCUGGAAUAUCAAAUUCCUUGCCUUUUGGUCUUUCAGAAUGGCUGCAGCCAGAUCCUGCAUUAUCCUCACUGUGGUUCCAUGGUAUCUAAAUGACUUCUUCUUGGCACCUUGUAAUAUCUUUUCUUUGGUCUGAUAGUUCUUGAAUUUGGCUAUAACAUUCCUGGGUGUUGUCAGUUGGGGAUUAAGUUGUGAAUCUUAAAACUGCUCAGACGGUACUUCAGAAGAUUUGAUUAAGCUAUUCCCCAUUUUUAACAAUGGAGGUACUAGAUCAGUAAUGUAUUGAGAACUUUUAAAAUUACUCCACCCUACUCAGACAGUGCCUUAGGGGAAGAUAAAGUUGUAAACUCCUUAUUGAACAAUGAAAAAUUCCUUUCUCAUGCUUAUAGUAAAGCUAGGACCUUAAGCUAGGUCUAUUUUAAAUCUAAUACAAAAAGGUGCUAAAUACCUAUAAAGGUUAAAUUAAUCACUAAAAGGUCAAGCAACUUACAAAAGGCAAGCUUAACAAAAGAGGUGUGAAGUACUCAGAGUAUUUUAUCUAACCAGAGAAGGUGAGAACAAAAGAAGAUAAGAACUAGGAAUAGGCAGUCCUGGGGGGAAAAAGCGUCUACUGUGAUUGGUAGAUGUGAAAAUUUAGGAGAGAUGACAUAAGAGAAAAUUUCCUUAAAAGGAGAAGGAUUGAACUCAAUUGAGGAGUUCAGGAGUUCAGUGGAGGACUGGAGCUUGCUGGAGACAAUCUUUUGGCAAGUGAUAAAGACUGACUCUCUCUCCCUUAGGCUCAGGCCUAGGCCAUUUGGCCUAGGCCCUUUCUACUAUUUUCUCUAUCUCUCUCUCUCCUUCACUUAAUUCCUUCAUUUGUAUUAACUAAAAUCUCCAUAAAACCCAGCUGACUUGGGUAUUUUCAUAUUUGGGAAUUUUCCCAUGGCAACCACUUAAUUUUAGAUUUUAAAUCAAGAUACUAAAAAUAAAUCUUUACAGUUUGGCCAAAACAUUACAGUUUUGGCAAUUUACAAUCUUAGCAAACCACAUUGUCAUGGUUACAAAGUACAGGAGGCAAUCUGUGAAUUCUUUCAAUCUCCUAGAAUGAAUUGUUCUAGAAUGUUGGGGCAGUUUUCUUGGAUAAUUACCUGUAGGAUGAUGUCCAGGCCUUUUCUUUUGUCAUGGUCUUUUGGUAGACCAAUGAUUCCUAAGAUGUCUCUCCUGGAACAAUUUUUUAAGUCUUCUGUUUUGUGAAUGAGCUGCCUUCAGAGCUGGCACUGAGAAUCUAUCUGCUUUAAGUUCUUCCAAGGUGGAAUGAUGUUAAGGAAAGAGACUAAGUUCAAAAAGAAAAUAAUUCAUUUUUUCUCCCAAGCCAUCAUGAAAGUGAUUACCUUUCUGCUAUUUUUCUUCUUUUUUACCUGCUCCUUGGACAUUCUCAGCAGUGCCUUCCAGCUGAUUGCAGGAAAAGUGGCCAGAGAAUUUCUCUUUGGUGGGCCAAUACUUUUCAACCCGAUAGCCUGCGCAAUGCUGGGUUUGCUGGCAACUGUUGUCGUGCAGAGUUCCAGCAUAUCCGCAUCCGUCCUCGUCAGCCUGGUGUCAUCUUCAUUUUUGACAGUAGAGACAGCAAUUCCCGUAAUGAUGGGAGUCAAUGUUGGGACUGCAAUCACCAAUAUUUUGGUGGCCCUCAUGUAUGCUGGAGACAGGGAAGAAUUUGGAAGGGUUUUUGCAGGAGCUACUGUACAUAGUUUUUUUAAUUGGUUGACAGUGCUGGUGCUGCUGCCUCUGGAGUUGAUCACUGGUUUCCUCUACCACCUCUCCUAUAGAAUAAUGAGAUCCUUUAAAUUCCAGGCUGAUGAUGAUGAUGAUGAUGAUGGCCCCGAACUCUUGAAAGCCCUCACAGGUCCCUUAACAAACAUCAUCAUCCAGCUGAAUAAAAAAGUCUUCACUGAACUUGCUGCAGGGAAUCAGGAAGCAAAAAACAAGAGCCUGAUAAAAAUUUGGUGUAAAACUUUUGAAAAUGUGACUUUUAGCAAUGUUACCGUUCCCUCACCAGAAAACUGUACCUCUCCCACUCUCUGCUGGACUGAAGGGAACAUCACUUGGACCCUCAAGAACAGAACGUAUCAACAGAACAUUGCAAAAUGCAAACACUUAUUUGUGAACACCAGCCUCUCAGAUUCGGUCAUCGGAUUCAUUCUUCUACCCCUAUCUUUGUUCAUCUUGUGCGGUUGUUUGAUCUUGUUUAUCAGGGUCUUGAACUCUGAGCUCAGGGGACCUGUUGCUGCAGUGAUUAAGAAGUACAUCAACACAGAUUUUCCCUUCCCAUUUACUUGGUUGGCAGGCUACCUUGUCAUUCUUGUUGGAGCCUUGUUGACCUUUCUUGUGCAGAGUAGUUCAGUGUUCACCUCUACAAUCACUCCUCUAGUUGGCACCGAAGUGAUCAGCCUCGAGAGAGUUUACUGUUUAACCUUGGGCUCCAACAUCGGCACCACCACCACCGCCAUCUUGGCUGCAUUAGCUAGCCCUCCACGUACUUUUAAACAGUCACUUCAGAUCGCUCUGUGCCAUUUCUUCUUCAACAUCACCGGGAUCCUUCUGUGGUACCCAAUCCCAUUCAUACGACUGCCGCUCCUUUUUGCCAGGCGCUUAGGAAAUAUCACAACCACCUACCGUUGGUUUGCCAUUGUUUACCUGAUCUUCUCCUUUUUCCUGGGCCCGUUGCUGGUGUUUUGCUUUUCUAUUGCUAGUAGGACUGUGUUGAUAUAUGUAGGGCUACCCCUAUAUUUUCUGCCCUUCGUGGUAGUAUACCUGCACAUCUUCAAUGUCCUUAAAUUAUUUCCUUUGUGGAUGAGAGACCUGAAGCCCUGGGAUGAUCUGAUAACUAGCAUCAUGGUCGGAUGCAGGCAAUGUGGUGAAAAUUUAUCACACCAAUGGAAAAAACUUCAAGGCCCCACACUCAAGCCAGACCCUGGACCAGAUCAGAACCACAGACCCAGAGCCAUAGAAGAUAGCCUUUUUUAUGUCAAGAAAUCUGAUGACACAGUAUCAAAAAAUACAAUUAACAAAUGGGCAGUUCUUAAUGACUCAAGUGCUGAUUAAGCUAGAAAGAGUAAAAAAGUCACUAUGGGUGGUAACUUUUGUCCUUUGUUAUUAGCUGAACUUUCCAAUAAGGGGUUGGGGGCUAGUUGCUUUUCUGCUGACAAUUAUUACAGUUGAGUGCCUGUGUCAAUAUUAUGUCCUGAUCGUAAAUAGAACUUCCCUGGCCCCACAAAGCUGGGAAAGAGGGCAUUCCUGGUUAUGUAGGGAAUAUGCCAGCUAGUGACCUAUACCACCCAGUUCAGACUUAUUAAGCCAUGUGUCCAUUCCUGUCUACAUGGAAACUUGAAGAAAGGGAUAAGUGGAGAAUUGCCCAUCCUCAGGAGAAACUGGAGUUGGUCAACAGCAUGUGCUAUUAUGGCAGCUUCUCUGGAAUGGCUGGGCUUGUAUGUUUGGGCUGCUUCCAAAGGCUGAUGACCAUGAUGACCAAUACCAAAGAAACUCUCAUAGGUAACCACGCCCUCCAUGUCCUUAUCUUCCUUCCUUCUUGCAGUUCUGGGCAGCCUAUAACUAAUUUCUAGAACACCAAGACGGUAUUUCUGAAGGAUAAAGAUCUGUGUCUUAACUGAUCCAGAGAAAUUAGCUAUUGUAUUAACCAUCUAGCCCUUUACUGGAGUGGGGUAGUACUUGAAGGAUUCUGAGGUGAAUGGCCUUGCUGUAAGUCCUUCUUCCUGAAUCCUUGUAUCUCUAUUUCUUUCAAAGAGGGAAAAACCUGCCAGGCCUCUGGAGAGGAGGUAGACUGGCAGGUGGUCAUGCUGUUGGGAAAAUGUGGAUUAAAAAAGCAGGACUCUCUUCAGACAAACUGUAGUCUUUUUUUUCUGUUUCCCCAAAGGACACUAAGCACCUUUGUCAACCUAUUAAAGACUAAUAUGGAACCACCUUCCAAAUUUUCGUUCACUUGUCAGAAAUAAGUGUUGUUCAUUUCCAUUUCCUGUCCUCUUUGGCCCUUAAAAUCCUGCUUUUUGGUGAGCAUGUGACUGGAAAGGUUAGAGCCAGGGAACACUCCCAGAAGAUUAUCCUGAAGGUUAAAUUGUCCUUGGUCCCCAGAACCUUUUUCAUAAUUGUGUACAGGGAUUUGUGUGUGCUCAAAUUCACCCCUUAUUUACUCCCCGUAUUUGUCUGUGCUCUUGCUCCUCUCAUUUUUUUUGGUUUUGGGGGCUUCUGUCAGUCUCCCCUCUUGGAGCUUUAACAGGAGAUCUCUUGGUGUGGUCUCUGGUGGGGGGGUCGUUGGGGUUUGAGCUUCCCUGUCCUCUGGAGGCUUUUGAUUGGAUUAAAGUCCAACAGUCAAUGAGGAUGGGUGGGGGAGCCUGGGCUUCCAUGAGUUCUGGAGACUUUUGAUGGGAUUAAGUUCAACUUAGUUGGGCUGGGUGUGCUCUGAGUCCAAAACUUCCUGGAAGGCUGGAGCAAAUAUGGAGGAUCUUCAAAGCUCUAGCCAGGCUGCCAGGUCUAUGUUCCCUCUCCAGCUCCUUCCCCUCUAUCUAUGUUCGAUGCUCUGAACUUGGUAUGCCCUUCAGACCAGCACCUUUGCCUGCCCAGAUGUUCCCACUGACACUAGAAUCUCAGCACUCUGGGUGGGACGACGGAUGGAUCCUGGGACCUUCCUUCUGUCUUCCCCUUAAACCCGAGGGUUCUCGGAUUCUGACUUUUCAGGGGGUGUACCUUUUGAAUUAAGUCCAUCAAGAGGGUUCAUUGGCUCUGUCUUGUUAAAUUUGAUUUUCAGUCCGCUGGGAGCAUUCAGUUUGUGAUCGGUUAGGAAGGGUAUUCAGAGGUAUGAACUUCUGCUCCUUCUAGGCUUCCAUCUUGACUCUGCCCCCCUACAUUUUGACUCUUCACACAAAGAGAAGAGGAAAGGAGCAUCUAUUAAAUACCUAACAUGUGCUAGGGCAGUGAUGACAAACCUUUUAGAGACCAGGCACCCUUGCCUACCCCUUACUCCACAGAGGGGAGGGAGUCAGUGCUCCCACUGGGCUACUGGACAGAGAGGGGUGGCUGGUGUGAAAAAACUGUCAUCUGGCACAGUAGAGAGGGAAAAGGGAGCAGCUCUGCCCAAGUCCCUCUGCCUUUCUAGUAAUAAACUCUAGAGGGGGGCAGGGUGGCACAUGUGCCCACAGAGAGAGGCACCCAUGUCUUAUCUUUGCCAUCACUCUGCUAGGCACUUAAGUAUCUUAUUUGGUCAUCCCAACAACUCUGGCAGGUAAAUGCUAUCAUUAUCCUCAUUUUAUAGUUUGGGAAACUUCCUCUGCUCUAGUGCUCCAAAUAUUAUACCCCCUAGCUGUCUAAUGAGAUAAGAACCUGACUCUAAUAUUAUGUAGUUAAUCCCAAGAGCAUUUCUUAUUUUUAUUUGGCCUUGUAGGUUGUGUUUGACUCUUCACAACCCCAUUGGAGGUUUUCUUGGCAAAAUUUAUAUUGGAGUGGUUUGUCAUUUAGAUUAUGCAGGUGGGUUUCUCUAGCACCCAUCUAUGAAAUCCAUCUAUACCUUCUAAGCCCAUGUGAUAAUUCUUUAUGACCUUCUAGAAAUCCUCCAUAGAGAAUUUGCUCAAACUUUGAUGUCAUCCCUCUGCCUCUAUUCAUUCAGUUCCAGAAACUAUUUUUGUGAACUUAACUUUUUCAAAGAAUAAAAAUUCAUAUUGCCCCCUUUGCUUUGUUACUCCUGUAACUUGGGGAGAAAAAGAAAAAAAAAGCCUUGGAAGAAUAUGAAUAAUCAAACCAAAGUCCAGCAACAGUCAUGUCCAAAACAUUAAUUUCUUAUUCUGCAUCUUGAGGUCAUCCCUCCUCUGUCAGUUGAGUACAAUGCUUCACUGUGUUGAUCAGUAAUUCUGUAAACAUCCAAUAACUCAAUAAAUACAUUCUCCUUAUUACAUAAUAAUGACCUUUAUUACAAGGCUCUCAGCUAGGUCUAGAUUUAUUUUUUAAAUCAGACUAAUGGUUUCAUCAGUGUUGGGUAUAUUUUUGCAGCAACCAGAAAGAUUGAAAGAUCAACAAAUUUCCCCUUUUAUCUAGUGAAUCUUUGGGUUAUUAUAUGUACAGACAAAAAGCAAUAGUCCUUGACUUUGAGGAGCUUUCAUUAAUUAGCAAGAUACAAUUUAAAUACAAAGGAUACAUAGUAAUUUAAGAUGGGAAAGAAGGAAAUAUAUAGGAUGUCCCAAAAGUCUCAGUACAGUUUAUUUAUAAGAUGGUUAUAUUUGAAGAUUUCAUUCCAAUGUUCUUUCCAGGCUUGACAGUUUCUCUGAACUGUAAAGUUUUGGAGUGGGUUAGGAAGAGAAUAACCUCUAAAUGACUCCAUAAUUCCACUAUUCCAAGCCUAGAGUGAGCUAACAACCACAUUCCCCAUGACAUAACAAUGCACUACUUACCAAGUAACUGAAAAUGUUUGGCAUGGGGAUUGAGUAGGAAGAAAAGAUUAGAUAAAAGUCCUAAAUUACCAGUGCAUCUCUUCCAAUCAAGAAUUUAUAACUCCUUUCAAAUCACUGGGUUAAUGUGGUGAGAAUGAACUAAACCAGAUUACUCCCAGUCUGGUGCUUGGAAUUGAUUUGAUAUGAAUGAAAGAUGCAAGUAUGUGUAAUUGAAGUCAAUUAAAAAGACCACAGCAUCAAGGAUACCCUUGGCUUGUGUUUGGGUUUCCUAGAUAACCUCUGUGCUAAGACCAGUGAACCAUUAUUCCAAUCCUAACUUUAUUUUAAGUAUAUAAAUAACUACAUCUCUUGAUGCUUUAGUUUCUUCAUUUAUAAAGUCAGAGACUUGUAUUAGAUAUCUCUUGUGCCUUUUGAUGGCUAAUAUUUGCUCUUCUAUUGAGGAUCCCAUCCAUGCCUUUUUAUCUUGUCCAACUCUUUUCUGCAUUCUCCCAUGACUAGCCUCACCCCAUCAGGUGUCCAUUCAAUUUUUUAUGGGACCUUUUCUAGAUCUCUUGAUAUCAUGUGUAUUCUAUUGGAGCCUGUGGGUACUUCUUUAUUUGUUAUAUGUUUUCACCUAUUCACACUCACCAUGUACCUUUCUAUUACCUCAAGAUGACCUACAAAUUAUUCUAUUCCUAAAGCCAAUUAACUUCUCUAAAAGACUUUCAAUGUGAAAAAAAUGGGUUAUUAUCUCAAGGAUUUCUGGUGAGUGUUUUGGUGAGAUUAAGAAUCCCCAAAGGAAUUCUUUAGGACAUACUUUUUCUUUGUCCUCUACUUUCCAUUCUCGUAGGUAAUUUUCUGCAUCCCCAUACUAGGUAGCAAAUUCUGUGAGAGUAGGGUCUUUUAGAGGGAGCUAGGUGGAAUGUCAGGUCUGGAGUUAAGAAGAUUUGAGUCAUUCAUCCUCUAUAUGCUUCAGAUUCCUCAUCUUUAAAAUAAGGAUAAUAACACCUAUUUCCCAGAAUUUUUGUGAGGAUGAAAUGACUCCUUGGGCAUUUCCCUACAUGUUUAAAGGUGGUGAUGAGUAAAGAUCAAGGCAUUUUAGGUUCCAGAGUUUUAUCUGCUACUAACUAGCUGUGUGAAAUUGGACCAGAAAGUAAUUUGGGUUGGGUGACUUUGCCCUCUAGUACUUAAUGUAGAAGGCACCAAAUUUAGAGGGCUAUGAGAGCAAUUGUAAUCCUUUAGCAAUACAGAAAGUUCCAAGAUGGUGGGCUGAAGUACACUCAGCCUCCAAUAGUGCUGGAAUUUUUAUCUCCAUAUCAUAGCAUCAUAUUUUCUCUUCUCAUCUCCCACCUCUGUACCCCACCCUGGUGCAAUAAUUCCAUGUUAGAACUCACCUUGGAUAAAUUACUCUCUUAUUUUUGACCAUGAGUUUCCUAAUAUAUAAAAUGAGAGAUGAAGAUAGCCUUUAAAUUCCUUUGCAGCUUCUACAUCAUAUAGUGAAUAUCAUAUAUCCAUAAAUUAUAUAUCAUAUAUAUGAAUACAUAUAUUCACAUAUAUCCUAAGAUCCCAUAAGGAGCAUAAUGGUAGAGAACCAGGAACUAGAUUUCCUGACAUCUAACUCAAUGCACUUUUGCAUCCCAGGCUUUCAAACUUAUUAUUAUUGUUAUUAAAAUCUUGUGGAAAGUAUGAGAUUGUUUGCAGAAAGGCCUGAUUCCUGGGGUAAAUUUGAGAGAAUGAGGCAUCUCUGUAUCUUGACUGCCUCAUAGAAGAUGAAGAAACAAUCCUAGGGCUCCCUGAACAAAGAGAGUAAGCUUUGCAGCACAUCCAUAGGCAGUUCAUGAAGAGAUGCACACAACCAAUCAAACUGCACCAAGUUUGAAUUCCUGAGUCUAGAGGACCUUAGGGAAUCUGCCAUGUAUUUUUAUAUUGCCAUGUGGGAACAGAACAAACAGAAAGAUUACUUGAUUAAAAACUUGAAACAAGUGAAAUAAGCUAAUUCAACAAUUAAAAGGAAAUUGAGGAAGUAAAAAAUUUGGCAACCCUAAAGGCAUACAAAUCAAACAGGAUAGGCAAACAACAAAUGCCAAAAGAUACUUCUUAUGUGGCAAGAUUAGUCACAUUGUAAGAUUCUGCAAUCUGAAGGCUCAGAUUGACCAAAGAAACAACAGUAGAACCUACAAUAAUAACAACUAUAGGAAUAAUAUGAACAACACAACACACAAUAACCAAAAUCAGUGUUGUGACCACAAUUGCAAAGGUGGAGUUCAUAGUCAAGCUCCUGACUUGUACACAAUGAGAACUCUGAUUGUACAGGGUGCCAGGCCAAAAUAUUCCCAGUAGCUUCAGUCCAACAGAAAUGCCAACUUAUGAAGCCAGGAAAUAGCUAUAAUACUAAAGGGAAAAGCCAAAAGGUGCAGAAAUAGCUGAAAGAAAGAGAAACAAAACAGGGAGUACAUAGUCACAGAAAUAAACUUUGGGGAUGAUAAUGCAAAUAACAGAUCCAAAGAACUAGAGGAGGAGGAAUAAAUGCAAAGGGACAGCAUAGAGAAGAAGAAUAGGAUCUAUGGAACAAAGGGGAAUGAGAUUGGGGAACAAGAUAUCACAGAACACUUUAUGGCACACAUGAAGGAUGCAUUAGCAUGUAGUGACAUAGGAACCAGAGAAUACAAAGUCUAAGCAGUUACAGCACAAACUUGCAAAAGUCCUCAGCACUUCAUAUCCCUGAGUGCAUAUAUUAACAAACUAGGGAGGGCAGAGAUCAAUCAAUUGGAAAUGCAAAUAAAAAAACUUGAAAGUGAACAAAUUAAAACUCCCCAGAAGAAAACCAAACUAGAGAUCCUAAAAAUUAAGGAAGAAAUUAAUAAAUUAGAAAGUGAUAGAACUAUUAAACUAAUAAAUCAGACUAGAAGCUGGUACUUUGAAAAAACAAACAAAAUAGAGUCUCCAAAGUACUGGUCAAUCUAAUUUAAAAAAGGAAAGAAGAAAAGCAAAUUAACAGCAUCAAAGAUGAAAAGGGGGACAUCACCUCCAAUGAAGAGGAAAUUAAGGCAAUCAUUAAAAAUUACUUUGCCCAAUUAUAUGGCAAUAUAUAUACCAAUCUAGGUGAUAUGGACGAAUAUAUACAAAAAUACAAACUGCCAAGACUAACAGAAGAAGAAAUAGAAUUCUUAAAUAAUCCCGUAUCAGAAAAUAAAAUCCAACAGGCCAUCAAAGAACUCCCUAAGAAAAAAUCCCCAGGGCCAGAUGGAUUAAAAAAUGAAUUCUAUCAAACAUUCAAAGAGCAGUUAAUCCCAAUACUAUACAAACUAUUUGACAUAAUAAGCAAAGAGGGAGUUCUACCAAACUCAUUUAAUGACACAAACAUGGUACUGAUUCCAAAAUCAGGCAGGUCAAAAACAGAGAAAGAAAACUAUAGACCAAUCUCCCUAAUGAAUAUAGAUGCAAAAAUCUUAAAUAGGAUACUAGCAAAAAGACUCCAGCAAGUGAUCAGAAGGGUCAUCCACCAUGAUCAAGUAGGAUUUAUACCAGGGAUACAGGGCUGAUUCAAUAUUAAACAAGCAAACCAACAAAAAUCACAUUCUGGAGGGCAAUUUGGAACUAUGCCCAAAGGGCGAUAAAAGACUGUCUGCCCUUUGAUCCAGCCAUAGCACUGCUGGGUUUGUACCCCAAAGAGAUAAUAAGGAAAAAGACUUGUACAAGAAUAUUCAUAGUUGCGCUCUUUGUGGUGGCCAAAAAUUGGAAAAUUUCCCAUCAAUUGGGAAAUGGCUGAACAAAUUAUUUGAGGAGAGAAAACUUAAGAAUCAUUGGUCUACCAGAAGACAAUGACAAAAGGAAAAGCCUGGACAUCAUACUACAGGAAAUUAUCCAAGAAAACUACCCCGAUAUCCUAGAACAAGAGGGAAAAGUGGAGAUUGAAAGAAUCCACAGAUCACCUCCUGUACUUAAUCCCCAACUGACAACACCCAGGAAUGUUAUAGCCAAAUUCAAGAACUAUCAGACCAAAGAAAAGAUAUUACAAGGUGCCAAGAAGAAGUCAUUUAGAUACCACGGAACCACAGUGAGGAUAAUGCAGGAUCUGGCUGCAGUCAUGCUGAAAGACCAAAAGGCAAGGAAUUUGAUAUUCCAGAAAGCAAGGGAACUAGGUCUACAGCCAAGAAUCAACUACCCAGAAAAACUGACUAUAUUCUUACAGGGGAAAGUAUGGUCAUUUAACAAAAUAGGAGAAUUCCAAGCAUUUGUAAAGAAAAGACCAGACCUGAAAAGAAAAUUUGAUGUUCAGCACAGAAUUCAAGAGAAUCAUCAAAAGGUAAUUUAAAAAGAGGGAAAAAGAAAAAACAAAAUAAAACAAAAACAAAAACACCUUUUUUUUAAGAGACCCAAAAAGUUAAAAUGAUAUGUAUCCCUAUAAGAAAAGAGGUCAUUGGUAACUCUUAAAAACUGUUGCUAUCACCUGGGCAGCUAGAAAAAUUACACUUAGAGGGAACAGUGACAAACUGUAUAGGAUGAAAUGAUGACAUAAAGAGAUGGGAAAAGAAACUGAAGGGGGUAAUUUAUAUGUCACAAAGAAGCACAUGGCAGGAGGGGGGAGAACAUCAAUACACUGGAAGGGUAAAGAGGUUGGAGAUAGGAAAUAUUCAACUCUUACAUGCUUUGAAACUGACCCAAAGAGGGAAGAACAAUCCAAUCCAUUGGGGCCAGAGAAUAGAUUUGCGCCCUAUAGGGGAGUAGAAGGGUAACAAAUGGGCUGGUGAGGAGGGAAGCAGUACAAGGGAGGGAGAGGAGGGCUAGUUUAAAAGGACUGUAAAGAAAAUAAGAGGGGAAUAAGAAGGGAGGGGGUAGAAAAGGAAGUAAAAUAAGGGUGGGAAUUAAGGGAACUGAUUAAAAAACAAAACAUGGGUGUGGAAGGAAAUAGUGAAAGAAGAAAAGGUGGGAAUAGGAGUAGAAAUCAAAAUGCUGGGAAAUAUACAGAUGGUGAUCAUAACUCUGAAUGUGAAUGGAAUGAACUCACAAAUAAAACACAAUAGAAUAAUAGCAGAGUGGUUUAGAAUCCAAAACCAUACCAUAUGCUGUCUAUAAGAAACACACAUGAGAAAGGCAGAUACACAUAGGGUCAAAGUAAGAUAAUGGAGCCAAAUCUAUAGGGCAUUAACUGAUAAAAAGAAGGUAGGACUCACAAUUAUGAUAUCUGUCAAAGCCAAAGUAAAAAUAGAUCUGAUUAAAAGGGAUAGGAAUGAUAAUUACAUCCUCAUAAAAGGCAGUACAGAAAAUAAGGAAAUAACUUAACAUUUAUACUCCAAAUGGCAUAGCAUCCAAAUUUCUAAAGGAGAAACUAGAGACUCCAGCAAGUGAUCAUGAGGGUUAUUCACUAUGCCCAUGUAUGAAACCAGGAAUGCAAGGAUGGUUCAAUAUUGGGAAAACCCUCCACAUAAUUGAUCAUAUCAACACAAAUUGACAAAAAUCUCAUGAUUAUCUCAAUAGAUGCAGAAAAAGCUUUUGUCAAAAUACAACACCCAUUCCUAUUGAAAACACUAGAAAGCAUUGGAAUAGAAGGGCCUUUCUUAAAAAUAAUAAACAGUAUAUAUCUAAAACCAUCAGCCAUCAUCUGCAAUGGGGAUAAACUAGAAGCCUUUCCAAUAAGAUCAGGAUGAAACAAGGAUCACCUCUAUUAUUUAACAUUGUACUAGAAACACUAGCAGUAACAAUUAAAGAAAAAGAAAUUGAAGGCAUCAAAAUAGGCAAGGAGGAGACCAAGUUGUCACUCUUUGCGGAUGACAUGAUGGUCUACUUUAAGAAUCCUAGAGAAUCAACCAACAAGCUAGUCAAAAUAAUCAACAACUUUAGCAAAGUUGCAGGAUACAAAAUAAACCCACAUAAGUCAUCAGCAUUUCUAUAUAUCUCUAACACAUCUCAGCAGCAAGAAUUAGAAAGAGAAAUUCCAUUUAAAAUCACCCUAGACAAUAUAAAAUACUUUAGAAAUCUAUCUGCCAAGACAAGCACAGGAACUAUAUGAACACAAAUACAAAACACCCUCCACACAAAACUAGGUCUAAACAAUUGGAAAAACAUUGAUUGCUCAUGGGUAGGAUGAGCUAACAUAAUAAAAAUGACAAUCCUACCCGAAUUAAUUUGCUUAUUCAGUGUCAUACCCAUUCAACUACCAAAAUAAUGUUUAAAAAUUAAAAAAAAGACUGUCUGCCCUUUGAUCCAGCCAUAGCACUGCUGGGUUUGUACCCCAAAGAUAUAAGGAAAAAGACUUGUACAAGAAUAUUCAUAACUGUGUUCUUUGUGAUAUCAAAAAAUUGGAAAAUGAGGGGAUGCCCUUCAAUUGGGGAAUGGCUGAACAAAUUGUGGUAUAUGUUGGUGAUGGAAUACUAUUGCGCUCAAAGGAAUACUAAAGUGAAAGAAUUCCAUGUGAACUGGAACAACCUCCAGGAAGUGAUGCAGAGUGAAAGGAGCAGAACCUGGAGAACAUUUUAUACAGAGACUUAUACACUGUGGUACAAUUGAAUGUAAUGGAUUUCUCCAUUAGUGGCAAUGCAGUGAUCAUGAACAACCCAGAAGGAUCUAUGAGAAAGAACACUAUCCACAUUCAGAGGAAAAACUGUUGGAGUAAAAACCCCAAAGAAAAACAACUGCUUGAUUACAUGGGUUGAGGGGGAUAUGAAUGGGGAUAUAGACCCUAAAGGAACAUCCUAGUGUAAACAUCAACAGCAUGGAAAUAGGUUCUGAUCAAGGACACAUGCAAUACCCAGUGCUCAUUGGCUGUGGGGAAAGGCAGGGGGAGGGAGGAAUAGUAUAAGAUGUCUUUAACCAAGGAAUAAUGUUUGAAAUUGACCAAAUAAAAUUAAUUUUUAAAAAAAGACAAUGGGGAGGUGAAAUGUAAUGUACAGGAAUUAGAGAUGCAAUUCCCAGAUCCAUCCAUUUUGGCAACAGUUAUACCACCGAAUAGCACAAAACCCCAUGUAUCAUUGAAAGUAGGGAAGCAAAUUUAUGAUCUUUUGGUAGAUAUAGGGGCUAAUAAAUCUUGCAAUUUGCAGGACUUGCUAGUAAAUCUUGCAAGGCUUGCAAACAUCUGAGGAGUGCAAAUCUGUAGGAAGUUUGGUUUGUGCUCUGGCCUAGUGGGGUAAGGUCCAAUCUACCUUACUUCACACUAAAAGGGACUGGGGUGGAUAACAACAUCCAUCCCCCUCAGCUUACCCGAAUAUUUCAAGAUGCUUUUAAAUUAAAAGAAGGGGAAAUGUAAAGAAUACAAAGAGUUUAAGUCGUCCUUGCCUUGUUCCCCUCCCCUCUAACAUUCUUGAGGAAGGUCAGAUUGGGAGUGCAAUCUCAGAGAAAAAGCAAGUCUUGAGACAGAAAGCUCAGCUAAUCAAGGACAUUUCCCCAGGUGUCUGAUACAAGAAAAACAAUGGAUUCCCAGAAUUCUAUGCAGAUAAUAUUUCCCAGAAUCUAUUUUGGUGACUGUCUAGUUUUUAUGCUAGGUGGCCUUGACUUUCCCAUGGGUAAAAACUAAAACUUGUCUACCAUAGCUGUUUGGAGUUAUUUAGUGGGGGGAUUAAAGAUGGACUGCUGAACAUAAGAAAAGUGAGUGCUUUCAUUUCCCAUUUCACCAUAUCUUAUCCCCAUUCUUUCAUAAACCUUGUGGCACUCUAAGUUUUCCCCAUUUCCCCUGCUCCCUAUAUGGAUGUAGUCCUAUAUAAAGCAACAGUCCUUUAAAAGAUAGAAUUUCUCCUCUCCUACAUUCAGAGAUUGUAGGAAUGAAUUUACUUACAAGAAGUUGAAUUAAUUCCAACUGAAUCAAGAACUUAGGUGGGAUAUAGGUGGACUUAAAUAGGUAAUUUUUAUACAUACAUAGAGAAUAGUGUAUAUGAAGUGGGUUGCCGGUAAAAAACACAUUCAGUUGUUAAUCACAUUCAAAUGGAGAAGAAUUUACCCAAAUGUUAAUUACAUUCUGAAAGAAUAAGAUAUUUCAGAGACUUAAUUUACUAUAUGACUACAUAAGCAUUAAUAGGUAAAUUCCAGUUCACUUGGUGGUUUGGAUUAUUGAAUGACUACAUUUUAGAUUAAAAACAAUAAAAUCUUAUGUUUUUGCAUUGUAAUCAUAUCCUCCUUUGCUCUGAAUAUAGAAAUUUGGCAUAAAAGAAAAAAGUAAGGAUAGUAUUAUAACAGUAUCAAAAUUGAUUUUUUUUAGGCACAAUUCUCAAAGGCAUAGAGUGAUUUAACACAUAUAUAACUGUUUUACCUCUGGUAAGAGUUAACUGUUGGCAAUCAAUCAUGCAGUAACAGUUUUACUUCCCAGUGUGAAGAUUGGAUUUAUCUAUCUCCUGAUUGUAACAAUGAAGAUACUUAGCUCUUUAUUGUGAAGAUAAAAUGGUAAUCUCCUGAUUGUAACAAUGAAGGUACUUAGCUCUUCCUUUAUAGUGAAGCUAGAAUUGUAAUCUUAAUUUCAAAAAGGUGUUAAGUAACUACAAAAGGUGAAUUAACCACAAAGAGGUGUUAAGUAACCCCAAAAAGAUAAUCUAACCAAAGAAGGUGAGAACAAAAGAAUGGGCAGUCCUGGAGAAAAGUGUCUGCUGUGAUUGGUAGACAUGAAAAUUUAGAGGAGGUGACACAAGAGAAAAAGGUCUUUAAAUAGAGGGAAAAAAGACUGAAGACAGUCAGUCACCCGGGUUUGGAAUGAAGGAUUAGUCACUCAGAGCUGAAGGGAAGAUGGACAUUCAGAGAUUCGGACAUUCAGGCAUGCAGACAUUGGGACACUGAGUUGGAGGAGAGACCAGAAUACAGACACCCAGACUUCUUUUAGACUGUUACCAUUGUUGAGUGAAAAGCUGACUUAGUGACCUCACCUUUCUGGAGGCAUGAAGCCUCUAGGAAAGACCCAACUUCUUACUCCUGUCUGGGACUUAGAGAUUCUAACUCAUAUAAGAAGAAGCCAGAGUUUCUCUCUCUCUCUCUCUCAUUUCUUAACAUCUUCCUUCUAUUGUAAAUAUUGUAAAUAAACUACCAUAAAUUCCAUUUACCUUAGUAGUUUAUUUUGGGAUUUAGAAAUUAAAUCCCAGGCGACCACCUAAUUAAUAUAUUUCAGAGUCCAACAACAAUUUAAAUCUAACACCAGCUAGAUCUAGGAAUAAUCAAAUAGGGAAAUAUUCCUAAUUAAAAUGAAAUCAAAUGGGGAUAUUGACUCCCAAAGGAGUCCUACCCUCAGGUGUGCUGAAGGUCACUCCCUUGACCUUUUCCAGAUAAAGAUCUCCACCUAUGACAAUUCAAGAUUAUAUUCUUUCUGAGUAACCAGUGACAUUUUUCUUGAAUGGUGGAUUACUGACAUAAUGAUCAAUGCCAGACAACUAUAACUGAAUUCAAAACUUAAAAUAUCAGAUACCAUCAUAAGAGCUUUCACCGCAAAUGAAAAGUUUCACCAACUAUAGUUCAGAUGUAAUAAUUUUCCAAGAUUCAUAUACUCUAUGUAAGAUUUUCUUCCACAUCUUUCUCUUGGUUUUCUUCUCUUCUUAAAUUAUAACUCAUUCUGACAUAAAUAUCAGUUAUUAGAAAUUGUUCUUAUAAUAUAUACAAAAUUGUAAAUUCUCAGUAAUCCAAUUUCAUUGUUUAGAAAUCCCUUAACUCGAACAGGCUCUUCUCACAUGCUGAUCAUUUCUUCCUCACAGAUGGGUUCAAGGAGACUUACAAACUCACAGAUAAAAGAUUUUUUCCCCUGUAACUUUUCAACCCAGAUGAAACAUUUUUUUUUCUUUCCACAAUUUUUUAAGUCCUCAUUGAGUGUCAUCACUCUAUGAUGGAUCUGACAGGAUCUGACAUUCUUAGGGGGCCAAGGGCUUGUGUUUCAUUGCUCCUUAAAAAGUUUUUCUUCUCAUAAUGGGAAAAAAUAGAAAAUUCUUAAAAUAGAAUUAAAUCAAUUACAAAACAUAGGAGAAACUCAUAUACUUCACAGCAAGUAAAACUUCUUGAUAUCUAACUAUUCUCAAUGAAACUCUAGUACUUUUUGUUGUUUCUCAGUGUAAUGGAGGGUGUUUGGGGAUGCAAUUAGAUGUUUAAUUAUAGGCCAGUAUCAGAAGGAUAACUGUUUUUGGAAAGCUAACUGUGGGCUGACAGGCAGGGCCUGUCUUGAGGUAACAAACACAGAUUACUAUAAAACAGGGACAGAUUGUUGGAUUUAUUAAACAAAAAGGGAAUUUGGGAUAAUCCUAAACUAAUAUCAAUUACCUAAACACCCCAGAUCUAAAUAUCUCUUCACGGAGAUUUCUUCACAGAUUUGAGCUACACUGAUCCUUACCUAUCUGUCUAAGAUCCCAGACCCUAAAAUAAAUAAACCUACACUAACCCCCCUCUCUUUUGAUGGUAAUAAUAGAGGUAGUUGGGGUUGGCAGUUAGGCAGGAUAGGGCCCAAGGAGAAGUCCUGGAUCCAGAAGGACCCCAGACCUAAUCUUACAGAUGGCCCAGAUCAUUCAGGAUCACAUCAAAAAGCUCUGUAGAUAUCAACCAGUCAGCAGGGAAGCAGGUGAUAUGGAAAAGAUAAGGUGGCAACAACCAAGAGCAAGUAGCCAGUCUGUCCAAGUCAAAACCAAAGAAAGACCCAGCUCAAAAACACUGUAUACUGUCUCCCCUUUUCAUCCACAUUCUAGAAUCUUUUCCCUGCUUCUCCAUCUCCUUGAAGACCUACCUCAUAUGCUCAAAUCCUCUCUUCCUUACAACACCAGGUUAUAUCCUUUUCCCUUUCUGUGAAGGAAGAAAAGGUUAAUACAUUUGUGGGCAGUUUGAUUUUCUUUUUAAAAAAAAAACUUUCACUAGCACUGCCCCUAAAUCCCUCUCUAUAAUUAAUGAUAACUUCAUAUUUUAGUUGUUUAAUCAUAAACAUGCUAUACUGUAUGUUGGGAGACGAGGAAAUGCUCUUAGUUGCUUUAAAACAGAAUAACAAAAGAAUGACACUUUUUACAAAAAGUGUCUGAUGGAGACUGCAGUUAUCUGAAGGUCUAACUUUUUCUCAUUUUCCUUUCAAGUCAAUCAAAGAUUAAAUAUGUGUUUUUAGUUUCCUUACAUUAAUUAUAGAAAACAUUUUGCUUUUACUUUGUUUUUAGUUUCUUGCUGAUCUCAAAACAAGCCUUUCCCUCCCUUCACUAACAGGACUUGCUUGGUUUCCCUUAGAAAGGGUUUGACAACUGCUUGAUCACAUGGGUCAAUGGGGAUAUGAUUGGGGAUGUAGACUCUAAACGAUCACCCUAGUGAAAAUAUAAAUAAUAUAGAAAUAGGUCUUGAUCAAUGACACAUGUAAAACCCAGUGGAAUUGCUCGUUGACUGUGGGAGGGGUGUGUGUGAAGAUGGGAUUAAUUCUCCCCUGCCUAUUUUUAGAUUUAAUCACCAGGAAUAUAUACACCCCAUUUAUCCUUAAGUAUGGGGAGGUCUGUGACCCACAUGUGCUAUAGUGACUGAUGAAUCAGAAUCUACUGACUGGCCCCUGGGCAGUCCUAAACAAAGCUAUAGCUGCAAUUGGUCCACGUAAAGAGGAAGGAAGACACAGGAAGUGACAAAAGGAAGGGUCUUUAAAAGUGGCAAGAUCUUCCUAUGACCAGCUUUUUUGCCUUUGAACUUGACCUUGAAGGAGCUCUAGCUUGGGACCUUGGACUGCUCUCGGAUUUUCUCUUAGAACUGCCAUAUGGACACAUGGGUAAGUGAAAAGGCUGAUUCCCUUUCCUGGCUUUUCUGGAGGUACUAGCCUCAUUUCUCAUAUAUCUAGUGAAACUCUUUAAUUUCUAACCCUUACAAGUAGGAGGAGGGAAAGGAAAGAACAUAAAUCAUGUAACCAUGGAAUAUUUUCUUAAUUAAUCAAUAAAAUAAAAAGAAAUAAAAAUUAAAUUAAAUUAAAAAAAAGAAAGGUUGAUCUUAGGUUUAUGGCAUUAAUCAAAUCUCUGAGCAGUAAGCUGAUUUUUCUUGGAGGCAGAGAUUCAAUUUAGAAAGUUAUUUUGAAGUUAAAAAAAUUGUUGUUGUCCCCUUUAAAUGGGGACUGCUAGGAAGGUCAAUGGGUUGACAGCCAGGCCUAGAGAUUGGAGGUCCUGUGUUCAAAUCUGACCUCAGACACUCCCCUAGUAAUAGAACCUUAGGCAUGGCACUUACCAUCCAUUGCCUAACCUGUACCACUCUUCUGCCUUGGAAAUAGUACACAGCAUUUAUUAUAAGAUGAAAAGUUUGGGAAAAAAACAAACAACUCUUUAAAGGUUGUAGUUGACACCAUGUUGAUAUAGACUUUAUUUCAAUUAAUUAAUUGCUAUUCAUCAACUUGUCAUAACUUAUUUAAACCUUUAAACGACUUGGAUUUUUAUCUUCCAGAUUUUCCCAUUCCCAUUUCAUGAAAAACCCAUCACUAUUAUAACAUUUAAAUUCAAUCUCUUCAUGUAAUAGGAUCAACACACUUCCUUUACAAUUUUAUUUGUUGAUAGGGAUAGAGUAUAUUUAAAUUAAGAAUACUUUCCACAGCUUGCUGCCUCAUAACCAUUAACCCUAUAAAUAUGAUUGAAGGAGAAUUCAUCUCUUUAGUCAAUUUGCCAACCCUGAAUUAUGAUUACCAUAUCCAGAAUUUAGUUUUCAAAGCUUCAAAUUCUAAACAUUAAGAACACAAUGCAGAAGUAAGUUCUGUUGUCACUUUCAAAAACCCCAAAACCCCAAACCAUAAAACAUAGAACAUACAAUAGAAGGGCCCAAAAGGGCGGGGAGGGGAUUUCCUAAAAGCAGUUUUUACUUGUAGCUCAGAAGUGAUUAGAUAUUUGAUGAGGCAGAAGUUCAAGCUUCAGGGACCCCCUAAAAGGAGUAAUAGAGCUCUUGGGAAGUUUUACUAAAGGGGGCCACUGGGACACCACAGUCUCAAAAUAUCAGUCCAACCUGGGUGGCAAAUUGUAAAAAAUAAAUAAAAGCUUUUAGAGAGCAUUUUUUUAGUUUAAACGGACAUUUCAUUGUAGGAGUUGUAAAUUAUAAAAUGUCAAUAUCCAGACCUUCUCAAGCUCAGACAAAAACCCCAAAUUUGAACUGCACAAGCCUUUUAUAAUGAUCUUCUGAUGAUUCACAGACUUCAAAUUCUUCAAAAGCCCAAACUCUCAGAUGACUAUAAAUCGUGCCAUUAUCCAAACUUAUUUUGUGAUAUUAUUAACAAUCUCCAUGGAGAGUUUAUCUGUGGUACUUCGCUGAGACCACAGUGAUCAUGAGUAUGUUAGCAUGCUCUCAGGCCCUCUAUCUGCUCCUUGACUCGAGAAAUGGGUUGUCCCAACCCUAUGGAUGAAGAAAAAGCAUUUAUUUUUUAGUUCAGUAAUAUUUUUCCCAAUUACAUGUAAAUAUCAUUUUAUGUAUUCAUUUUCUAACAUUUUGGGUCCCUAUCCCUCACUCUCCUAGGGCCUCUCUCUCACAUAGUAAGCAAUUUGAUAUAGGUUACACAUGUGAUAUCAUAGAAAACAUUUCCAUGUUUGUCAUGUCGUGGAAAAAGACACAUAUCACAAAAAUAAAGAAACAAAACCCCAAACCAUAUAGGAGACAAAAUGAAGGAUGAUGUGUUUUGAUCUGUGUCCAAACUCAAUCAGUUCCUUCUCCAGAAGUGGAAAGUGUUUUUCAUGAUGAAUCCUUUGGAGCUGUCUUGGAUCAUUAUAUUGCUGAGAAUAGCUAAAUCAUUCACAGCUGAUCAUUGUACAAUAUUGCUGUUAUUGUAUACAGUGUUCUCCUAGAUCUGUUCACUUCUCUUUGCAUUAGUUUGUAUUUUUCCAUGUUUCUUCUGAAAUCAUCCAAUUUGUAAUUUCCUAUAACAAUUGUAUUCCAUCAUAAUCAUGUACCAUAGCUUGUUCUGUCAUUCUGCAGUUGAUGGACAUUCCUUAACUUCAAAUUCUUUGUUGCCACAAAAAGAGCUGCUAUAAAUAUUUUUAUGUAACUAGGUCCUUUUUUCCUUUGUUGGUCUCUUUAGGAUACAGACUCAAUAGUGGUGUUGUUUAAACAAAGGGUAUGCACAGUUUUAUAGCUUUUUAAGCAUGGUUCUAACUUGCUCUCUAGAAUGGUUGGAUGAGUUCCCAAUUCCACCAAAAGUGCUCCAAUUUUCCAACACUUAUCAUUUUUCUUUUCUUUCACAUGAGUAAAUAUGAAAGAUAAGAGGUAGUAGCUCAGAGUUGUUUAAAUCUGCAACUCUAAUCAAUAGUGAUUUCGACUAUACUUCAUGUGACUACAGGUAGCUUUGAUUUUUUUUAAUCUGGGAACUUAUUGCUUAUAUCCUGUGUCCAUUUAUCAAUUUUGGGGAAAGUAUUAAAGACUGUGUACCAAGCACUGUUGAAAAUCCUGAGGAUACUAAUAAAAAGUGAGUCCAUUACUCAACUUUAAUAUGAAUAUAUUCUAUUGGGGAGACCCUAUCUCUAGGGAAGGAAUGACCAAGAAGGUAUGCUCUAAUUUGAAAAUUUUACUGGGUUGGUGAGUGGAGUCAAAGUGGGGAGUAUAUAACUGACUCUUUCUAGGAGAAAUGGUGGUUAAUUAUGAUUUCAAGAACUAGAAUGAUGGGAGGGGGAAGUAUGGAAGUUAUUGGAUCAGAGGACCAUAAAGAUAAAGAAUAUGUAUAUAUAUAAUAUAUAUAUAUAUUUAUAUAUAAUAUAUAUAAAGAAUAGAGUGAAUCUGCUGGCAGAACAGAGCUAUAUUUUCAAGAAUUUGACUUAUCUACAUUUAAAAAAUAGGGAUCAAAAUUAAUGACCUUAACUUUAUUUCAAGAGAAGACUUAGCAGUAACACAAUUUGUCAGCAAGGAUUUGGAGAACAGAUUUGAAGCAGGGUUACUUGUUCUGCUUUGGCUUCUGAAGAUAGAACAAAGGGGCAAUAAAUGGAAAAGUCAAAGAAUGAAGUUUCAGCUAGAUGAAAAGAAAAGCUUCUCCACAAUUAGAGAUAUAUCAUGGUGGAAUGCCUUGCCUCUUAGGUAGUGAGUCCCCCUCUUCAAAAAAAGAUAUUCAAGUGAUGAUUUGUUGACCACUUGGGGAUUAUGGUUCAGGCAUGUAUUAGAGUAGAUAAUACUAAUAAUCAACAUUUAUAUAAGGUAUCAUGGCAUGGUGGAUAGUCUUGGAUAUGGAAUUAGAAAGACUUGGGUUCAAAUCCAAUACUAGACAUAUUCUCUGAGUGAUCCCAGUGACACAUUUAACCUUUGUAGACCUUUUUCUCUCAUUCAGGAAAAAGGAGCGUAUUGGACUCAGUCAUGGGUUGAAACCCCUAUUCUUCUCAAUUCAUAAUCCCAUAUUUAUGGUUUUCAAAGCAGAUUUUAUAUACUAUUUCAUUUGAUCAUCACAAUGGAACUGUGAGGAUGGUUCCAGAGGCAUGUGUGGGAUUUUUGUUUUUAUAAGGGGUUAAACACAUUUCUUAUGACUUUAGAAAAUUAGAAUGUUUUUAUGUAUUAAGAACUGGUAAGACCAGUACCCACAAAUACAUGAACCCUCUUCAUGUUCAUGCAUCGGAUAUGUAUAGAAUAAUUAGUAAUGCCAUGAAAAGCUUUCUCCCUUUGGGGUACAUUUUUCUCUCCUCUCAUCAUGAAGCAUUGUACACUUUUUUAAAAUUUUAAUUUAUUUUAUUUUAUUUUUUAAACAUUAUUUUAUUUGGUCAUUUUCAUACAUUAUUCAUUAGAAACAGAGAUCAUUUUCUUUUCCUCCCCCCCUUCACCCCUCCCCUAGCCAAUGCAUGAUUCCACUGGGUAUCACAUGUGUCAUUGCUCCGAACCCAUUUCCUUGUUAUUGGUUUCUGCAUUAGGGUGCUCACAUAGCAUCUCCCCUCGAUCAUGUCGCCUCAACCUCUGUAGUCAAGCAGUUGCUUUUCCUCAGUGUUUUUAUUCUCACAGUUUGUCCUCUGGUGGAGGAUAGUGUUUUUUCACAUAGAUCCCUGCAGAUUGUUCAGGGACAUUGCAUUGCAAUUGAUGGAGAAGUCCAUUAUCUUCGAUUGUACCACAGUGUAUCAGUCUCUGUGUACAAUGUUCUCCUGGUUCUGCUCCCUCAUUCUGCAUCACUUCCUGGAGGUUGUUCCAGUCUCCAUGGCAUUCCUCCACUUUAGUAUUCCUUUGAGCACAAUAGUAUUCCAUCACCAACAUAUAUCACAAUUUGUUCAGCCAUUCCCCAAUUGAAGGGCAUCCCCUCAUUUUCCAAUUUUUGGCCACCACAAAGAGUGCAGCUAUGAAUAUUCUUGUACAAGUCGUUUUCCUUAUUAUCUCUUUGGGAUACAAACCCAGCAAUGCUAUAGCUGGAUCAAAGGGUCUUUUAGCCCCCUUUGGGCAUAGUUCCAAAUUGCCCUCCAGAAUGGUUGGAUCAAUUCACAACCCCACCAGCAAUGAAUUAAUGUCCCUACUUUGCCACAUCCCCUCCAGCAUUCAUUACUUCCCUUUGAUGUAAUGUUGGCCAAUCUUCUAGGUGUGAGGUGAUACCUCAGAGUUGUUUUGAUUUGCAUCUCUCUGAUUAUAAGAGAUUUAGAACACUUUUUCAUGUACUUAUUAAUAGUUUUGAUUUCUUUAACUGAAAAUUGCCUAUUCUUGUCCCUUGCCCAUUUUUCAAUUGGAGAAUGGCUUGUUUUUUGGUACAACUGGUUUAGCUCUUUAUAAAUGUGAGUAAUUAGACCUUUGGCAGAGGUUUUUGUUGUGUAGAUUGUUUCCAAAUUUGUUGCUUCCCUUCUCAUUUUCGUUUCAUUGGUUUUAUUUGUACAAAACCUUUUAAAUUUGAUAUAGUCAAAAUUAUUUAUUUUACAUUUUGUGACUUUUUCUAAAUCUUUCUUGGUUUUAAAAUUUUUCCCUUCCCAAAGGUCUGACAUGAAUACUAUUCUGUGUUCUCCUAAUUUACAUAUGAUUUUUGUCAGUUUGCUUGUUAAUAUGGUCAAUUAUGUGGAUGGUUUUCCUAAUAUUGAACCAUCCUUGCAUUCCUGGUAUGAAUCCUACCUGAUCGUAGUGGAUAACCCUUGUGAUGACUUGCUGGAGUCUUUUUGCUAGUAUCCUAUUUAAGAUUUCUGCAUCUAUAUUCAUUAGGGAGAUUGGCCUAUAGUUUUCUUUCUCUGUUUUUAACCUGCCUGGCUUUGGGAUCAGUAUCAUGUUUGUGUUGUAAAAAGAAUUUGGUAGAACCCCUUCUUGGCUUAUUCUGUCAAAUAGUUUGUAUAAUAUUGGGAUUAGUUUGUCUUUGAAUGUUUGAUAGAAUUCAUUUGUGAAUCCAUCUGGACCUGGGAAUUUUUUCUUAGGGAGUUCUUUGAUGGCUUGUUCAAAUUCUUUUUUCUGAUAUGGAGUUGUUUAGGUAAUUUAUU